AUGGACUCAGAAACUAAACCUUCUGUCCGCCCGGGUGAAAUACCCGCCAGCGCCGAUGCGAUCCCCGCUGCCGGCGACCAAGAACAAGGAACCGGCAUCGCGGAUCUUCUACCACUGCCGGCCAACACCCAACCGGUGACGGACCCCACCCGUAAAGAAACCUCAAACACCCUACAGAGCGAUGUGACUUUGUCUCACGCUCUUGCAUCAACAGAUAAAGACAACCACGCCACCAAUGGGGUGCUCGAGCUGAACCAUGGCCGCGCCGAGGCGGCAGAUUUGGGAUGGCACGAAAAGAAGCAGAACAUUGCAGAACCGCUGAUCGGAGGUCUGUCCAACGAAGAGCUCUGGAUUCUAGUUAGGCGAUUCAACAAGCAAAUGUACCAUGUCAAAGCAUCGCCUUACCCAGUGGCUGGAAAUCUUGACUUGAACUUUGCAGAGGAAGAGGAGUUCUCGCCCGACAAGUUCCGGGCAAAGCUGGAGCGACUUUACACUACCGUGAUUGUUGGACUUCUCGCGACCGUCAAACAUAUUGCCCGUCUUCGAUCUUGGAGGGAGUCUAGGCGGACUGCAUGUUUCUGUGCUGCCUACAUCUUCGCAUGGACCUUCGACUGCCUUAUUUUCCUCUUGUCGGCUACUCUUCUCACCCUGAUUGUAUAUGCUCCAUCCCGAGCCUUUCUCUUCCCCCCAGCCCCCAUGUCACUCGUCAGCAGCAAACACGGCGGUGUGCAGAAGCCCAAAUCUGGUGUCCUGGGAAGCCAUGACAGCGCAACAGGAGCGCCAGAGAACCACAAGGGCGAGGCUGUUGAACAGGAAGCAAGCAACUUUGUCAACGGGAUGACUUCUGUCGCCCUCAGCAGUGCUGUUGGAAAGCAUCCGCAAGACGAGGCGGAUGGCGAAGACGGCGCACUCGACUCGGCUGGCGGACCAGACCCUACCACCAUCGCUGUCGGUACGGCCGAUGCGAGGGAGAAGGCUCAGGGCAAACAGACUGAUGCCAAAAAAGACAAGACAAAGGUCCCCAUGGAGACGGCCAUGUGGACAAAGAUGCGCCCCAUCAUGCACGCUAUCACCGAGGUGACUGACACCUGGGAGCGAUUUGCCAACGCGCUUUCACCGACUCGCCCUUUUCCUCAAGAGACUGCUCGUCUUCGCCUCGGAACUCUUGUUCUCCCAGUGGUUGCUGCAUCUCUGUUUGUAUCCUCAUACGUUUUUGUAAAAGCAGUCACUGCUGGCAUUGGUUUUGUCUUCUUCGGGGAGCCCAUUAUUACCCGCGGACUGAACUGGUUGAACAGAAAAGUGCCCAACUGGCAGAAAAUCUUGGAGUUGCGAAACACCGCACUCAAGGGCGUCCCGACCAAUGCUCAGCUCACAAUCACGCUUCUUCGGAUUGGCGAAAACAACAAAGCACCCGUUCCACCGCCUCCUAGAAUUACCGAUGGACCCCCUGAUCAGCCCGCUCACGUUACCGAGGAACACCUCCGGGCCACUGGAGCGGAGCCUCCCCUCAAUGCCACUGCGGAGGAACUAGAUGAAGCCAUGGCCCACGAUCCGCGCACCAAGUACGAGACGGACGGUACAGACAUUGAAGCCUCCAAGUCGAGCAAACACGGCAAGGUGGGCAGCAAGAUCAUGGGCCUUUUCAAGGGAACCUCCAAAGGCGGUGUCAAGACGGCAAUCGGUACAGACACGAUGCGAGCAAAGGUCCUCGGCUCACAUCCUGCCAAGGAGAGACUGGGUGUUGUGCCGCCCAAGAAGGGAGAGACGGACAUCAAGACAGGUCCUGUCGAGUUCAAGGCCCGACACCAAGGCAGAAAGGGCCGCAUAUACAUCAGUACGACGCCGGCCCUUGUCGGCUUUAGCACCAAAGAGUGCGACGGCGACGAUGGCCACAAGCCCGGUGACGACGUGGUGCACGCCGAGUGGAGCGUUGCCAUUUCUGAUAUUGCAGAACUCAAGAAGUUUGGCGGGUAUGGAUGGAAGGCGAAGCUCAUUGUGGGUUGGUCGCUCGAGCGAAAGGUUGAGGACGGGCUUGAGAUUAUCACGCACAGUGGCAAGAGCUACAAGGUUACGGCGUGUCCGCUACGUGAUGAGCUCUUUAACCGCCUUGUCGCCAUGGGCGGCCAGAAGUGGGUUGCAUGGUAG